AUGGUGGCUAAACAGAGGAUCCGCAUGGCCAACGAGAAACACAGCAAAAACAUCACGCAGAGAGGAAACGUGGCCAAGACGCUGCGACCACAAGAGGAGAAGUAUCCUGUGGGCCCCUGGCUGCUUGCCCUCUUUGUAUUUGUUGUGUGUGGAUCAGCUAUAUUUCAGAUCAUUCAGAGCAUCCGUAUGGGGAUGUGA